UGCAAAUCCAGAGGCUGGCUGGGUCCUUCACAGGGGCUCAGCAAGUGCAUCUAGCUGAAGUCCAUGACUACUUGGUCUCUCUGAAGGUUUUCUCCUACUUUGGUUCAUGAAAGUCUGGCUGAGUCUCAUUUGUUGUGGGCAUUGGUUUUUAGGCCAGUCCUUUGGACUCGCAAUGAAGGAAUUUGCAGCUGUGCUUUAAACUUUCUUCCUUUGUUUAAAUGGCCACCUCUGGAAGGACCCCAGUGAUCUUUAUGCCCCUUGGAAGCUGGCAGAAAAUAAAUACUGUCCUUCCAAGUAUCCCUCUAAGAGCUGAGCUUCUCUCUUCUGAAUCCCAGCCAGCCAAAGUGGACUAGUGCCAGUCAGCAUGGCUUAGUCUGUGGCUAUGGGAAGCCUCCAAUGGAGAACCAGAGCUAGAUACCCAGUGCCACUGAAUGUCACUGGAAACGCUGCUGAAUGUGCUUAGGGAGAAUGUCAGAGUUGCCUCGUAAUACAUAGGAGAAAUCAGAGCUGGAAACUGUCCCAGGUAGGAGGGGAAGGAGGAGGUUGGGGAAUGGCUUCCAGGCUGGGGAAGCGGCAGGACAGGGGGGGAAGCUGAGAUUGGGAGAAAGUGGCAAGAGGGGGCACUGUUAAGAUUUGUAGAGGAGCAGAGCAGUGGGAUGAGAGCAGAGAUGCAGUCAGGUGCAAUGUGGGAUGGCUUUGAGGGGUGGAGAUGAUUUUCCAACCUAUCAAGAUAGCAGUCAGUUCUAGCUCUCCACUCUUUUGAUGCUAUUUCUUUAAGGAGACAGCCCCAUUUAGACCUGAUAAAUGUUAUUAGAGCUGUGAGGUGGGCUCACAGCAAGAGUGACCUUUUCUUCACGUAUUCACAAGAGGAGAAGCCUCUAGCCCUACAGGUCCUGAGAGAAGGCAAAACACUGCACUGACAAAAGAGCUUACAGGCGUCUGUCUUCACUGACACAACUGCAAGAUGAUAGUCAUGGUGGCACCUAUGUGUAAGGUGCCCAGGGUCUAAUUCUGGGGUAGCAGAGAGAGCUCCAUGCCCAGAAGAAGCUAAAACAUUUGUCUCACCUUUAAUCUGUUCUUCAACUACAUGAUGCAAAUGGUGUUCCCAGGGAGGGGGGUAUUGUGCCUUCUGUAUAAUAGAUUGCCAGCUCCAGGUCGUUUCCACCCCAGCAAAGGCCUCAGAGCCUUUAAUGAUGACUUCCCGUUGGCUUUUCCAGGAAGCAGUUGGGAAGAAGGAUGUUGCUGUUAGAAACAGUUGCGCUUCUGCUGCUGCUGAGCUGCCCAGGCCCUGGGAAACUCACUGAGCUAUUCAGCUGCCUUCCUGGAUGGUAAUACUCCAAAACCAGCUGCUUCAGGUACUUCCAGAGUCAGCAGAGCUGGGCAGAUGCUGAGGCCUAUUGCCAGUCUUUAAAGGAGGGUGCUCAUUUGCCCUGUCUCCAUGAGGCCAAGGACCUGCAUUACAUUGCCAAAGUUAUUUCAUACUAUCAGCAAACCCGUCCUGUGUGAAUUGGCCUGAAUGACUCUCAGAAGAACCAAGACUGGAAGUGGCUUGAUGGAAGCACAUAUAAGUCCACUUCAUGGCUUUCUGCCAGUGGCAGCCAUAGUGGAUCAUGUGCCAAGCUCUCCCAGGAUUAUGGAUUUAAGAAGUGGUCUGGUGCUGACUGCCGUGAAGCUUAUCCCUUCGUGUGCAAGUACACAGUCCUACACUGAGCAGCAGGUCCCACAGCCACCAGUCCCUGCUCCUUGUGCUAUCCUGACAGCUUCGUCACAUGGCAAAGCUUGAUCUAGUUCCUGCCAAGGAGAAACACACAACUUGUCCAUAAGCCAUGACUAUUCCCUGCAGUGAUCUCUGCUGUUCUGUCUUAGCAGGGCUGGCUUUAUUCCACUAAAUGUCUCUCUUGCUGAAUGAAUUUUGUGCUACUAAACGGCUUCAAACCAAUGGCAGUAGAAUGUGAAAUCUCAUAGUUGCAGGCUGGAGGCCGUCUCCCCCUUCCUAGUUCAGAGGUUUGUGUGAUUCACUUGGAGAUAUCUAUUAUUGUGUUAAGUAUCUCUAGCAUAAUCCUUCCCUGUGUUACCUGCCCUACAGAGAGAAAACCCUAUUUCUACCCCAUGACCUAUUGACUCUGGCCUUCCUG